AUGGAAUACCGCCGUCACCCAGUACGACGAAAGAAAGAAAACGCGAGUGAAAUUGGCAAAGAGGAGGAGGAGGACAAAGAGUGUGAGAAGAUCAGAAAAAUGGAGAGGAGGCAAAGAAGGCUUUGGAAUUGGGAUUGGGGAUUUGGACAGGGCGGUAAAAGGGAAAGGAGGAGGAGAAAAAGCAAAUGGAACGAGCCGGAGGCAGAGAGGGGAGAGGGGGUGCUGGCCAGAAAGGAAGCAGACCAGGCUGAGACAGCGCGAAGGCCAAAAGCAGUGGGCGGACAAGGGACCUCGGGCGGCCAAGAAAUCAGCCUGCAAUAA